CAAACCAUAGCUCGACCAAUCAGAGCCCGUGGGAAAUCCGUGACAGGAGGGUUGGACCAAUGGGCGGACGGGGAGGCGGUACCAGUCCCGAAGUCCCACUGAAUGGGAGUACAAAGAGCGGUGAGGAAGGCUGGAUCAGACAUCUGACUCGUUCCUACGAGAGACUCAGCAGCCGGGCACAGCAAUGCUGGGAAAUGAAGGACGGACUAUGUCUUCUGCUGACCCCAUCCCCAUGCCUCUCAGCAUCUCCUCCGUGGCUCGGCCCCUUCAGCAUCACACACUGUUUACACUGCUGACAUAGGGGGCUCCAAGCUCUUCAUUCUUCUUGUUAUCAGUUACUCCCAGACUCUGCUGGAAAUACGGGGUUAAUGCCACUGUCUCCUCUUCUUCCUCCCACUGGGACAUCUGAUGUUUAUUUGGACUUGGCAUGUAUCCAUGGGUUAUUUCUCUGCCUUACAGGUGGGCUCUGGACACCCUUCUCCCACCUGAAGCAAAUUCUGAGCUAAAACUACAGUAUUUCUUCCCCUUUCUCUGGAUUUGCUAAUUAAAGGAUUUGCUUCCAAUACCCCGAGGGGCUGAUAGCGGAUUGAAAUUCCUGCCGGGAUUAAGCCAACAUCUGUCAUAUCUUUUGGAGGGAGGGUGGUGCUUUUUUGGGCUUGUUUCUGAAUUUAUAUAUUUCCAUAUGUAACUUCCAGGAAUGCCGUGCACCUUUCUCCAGUAUUCGGGACUGAGAUAGGGGGAAUUGUGUUUAGAUUGACACUGAACCCUAUGCCGCUCAGUGAAAUCCUGGCACAUAAAAAUGAAGACCCAAGAAACGAACUGACCUGAUCUUGUUGGAUUACAAAUUGGUGGUACUUUUGGUUCCGUGGGAUGUGAUGAGUAUAGAUGUUACCUUUCACUAGGAUUAACUGUUCUAACGCUAUGUAACCCAAGCAAAGAGGAAGUGGGUGGCACGUGAUUUGAACAUGUCUAGGUCUAACAGCGUGAGCCCACCAGGAUUUGGGGUUCCUGUGCUCCGAGCAGGCACAGAACACAAAUCAGCCUGGGGAGAAUCAGAGUCCAGGGCUAAUGGAUAUCCAUAUUCCAGCAGAUCCUCCAGGAAGAAAACCUCUCGGAUGAUGGGUUUGUGGAGGAGCGAUGAAGAUUACGAGCUACAACAAGGAAACCACUCUUCAGGGGACAGCAAGGUGAACUUCAAGUCCAAGUCCGCUUGGCAAGAUCAAGGGGAGGAGGUCCGUAACAACAACAAACCGGGCCCACCUGGCCAGAAGCCUCAGGACACAGAGGUAAGGCCAAAAUCUGUGGAACUUGGCUUGGAUGAAAAGAAGAGCAAGUUAAAAGAAGAAUGGGUGGACAAUGGAUCCGAAUUUCAUUUCUCAGUGGGGGGGUGUUGCAACGGCGUGCUACAGAUCUUCAGGUCCAAGAAAUUCCAAUCGGACAAGCUGGAGCGGCUCUACCAACGCUACUUCUUCCGUCUGAACCAGAGUAGCCUCACUAUGCUCAUGUCCGUGCUCAUUCUUGUCUGCCUGGUCAUGUUGACUUUCCACUGUGUCCUGAAGGAGUACUGUGUGGCAUAUGUGGUGGUCCUAACCGUAGCCAUUUUCAUCAUUGUUGUACUCAUAGCCAUUUGCAACCGCAACAGUUUCCAUCAGGACUACAUGUGGAUUGCUUGCUACACCAUUAUCCUGGUGCUCUUUAUGGUACAAAUCGUUGGAGUUCUACUGCAGAGACCCCGCAGUGCCUCCGAUGGAAUCUGGUGGACCGUUUUCUUUAUCUACACAAUCUACACCUUGUUACCUGUCCGCAUGAGAGCUGCCGUGAUCAGUGGGAUUAUCUUAUCAGUCAUCCACCUUGCCAUUUCCAUCAAGAUCAAUGGCAGCGAUGAGUUCUUGUUCAAGCAGCUUGCGUCCAAUAUCCUCAUCUUCUCCUGCACAAACAUUGUGGGGAUCUGCACGCACUACCCCGCCGAAGUUUCCCAAAGACAAGCGUUCCAAGAGACCCGAGAGUGUAUUCAAGCCCGACUGCACUCACAGAGAGAGAACCAGCAACAGGAGCGACUCUUGUUGUCCGUGCUUCCACGCCACGUUGCUAUGGAGAUGAAGGCCGACAUUAACGCCAAGCAGGAAGACAUGAUGUUCCACAAGAUUUACAUCCAGAAGCACGACAAUGUGAGCAUCCUCUUUGCCGAUAUAGAGGGAUUCACCAGCCUGGCAUCUCAGUGCACCGCACAGGAACUGGUCAUGACUCUAAAUGAACUCUUUGCCCGAUUCGACAAACUGGCAGCUGAGAAUCACUGCUUGCGGAUCAAGAUUUUGGGGGACUGUUAUUACUGCGUAUCAGGAUUACCGGAAGCACGUGCAGACCACGCUCACUGCUGUGUAGAGAUGGGACUGGAUAUGAUAGAGGCAAUAUCGCUUGUGCGAGAAGUGACCGGGGUGAACGUGAAUAUGCGAGUGGGAAUUCACAGUGGCCGCGUUCAUUGUGGCGUCUUGGGGCUGCGAAAGUGGCAGUUUGACGUUUGGUCAAACGAUGUGACAUUAGCCAAUCAGAUGGAAGCUGGAGGCAAAGCAGGUCGCAUUCACAUCACAAAGGCAACUCUAAACUAUCUGAAUGGAGAUUAUGAGGUGGAACCGGGUGCUGGAGGGGAGAGGAACCUGUACUUGAAGAAGCACAACAUAGAGACCUUCCUUAUAGUGCGAUGCAGUCAGAAGCGGAAAGAAGAAAAGGCCAUGAUUGCAAAAAUGAACCGACAGCGUACUAACUCCCUAGGCCAAAAUCCAGCUCACUGGGCCAUGGACCGCCCAUUCUACAACCACCUGGGAUCAAAUCAGGUCUCCAAGGAAAUGAAAAGGAUGGGAUUUGAAGACCCUAAAGACAAGAACACACAGGAGAACAUGAACCCAGAGGAUGAGGUGGAUGAGUUUUUAGGCCGAGCUAUCGAUGCACGGAGCAUAGACCGUUUGCGCUCAGAGCAUGUGCGAAAGUUUCUUCUCACUUUCCGGGAACCCGACCUGGAGAAAAAGUAUUCCAAACAGGUGGACGAUCGUUUUGGGGCGUAUGUCGCUUGUGCUUUCCUUGUCUUCCUCUUUAUCUGCUUUGUUCAGAUCACCAUUGUGCCACAUUCCACUUUCAUGCUGGGCUUUUAUGUGGCCUGUUUCCUGAUUCUUACUACAGUCCUGACCGUCUCGCUCAUCUACUCCUGCAUCAAGCUUUUUCCGUCCCCCCUUCAGACAUUGUCCAGAAAGAUUGUCCAGUCCAGAGCCAACAGCACAGCCGUGGGAAUCUUUGCCAUCAUCCUGGUCUUUCUCUCUUCCUUUAUUAACAUGUUCCUGUGCAGCACUGUGAAUCUGUUUAGCUGUGUGGCCUCUGAAUACAGUAUCCCAGUGGCCAAUGUUACGCCCUGUCUGCUCAGAAACCUGUCCCAGAACUACAGCCUGGCCACUCUGAGUGGGUUCUGUGGGGAUCCAGCUCCAAACUGCAACUUUCCAGAGUAUUUCACCUAUUGCAUCCUCCUGAGCCUCCUGGCUUGCUCUGUGUUCCUUCAGAUCAGCAGCAUUGGGAAGCUCAUCCUCAUGUUCAUCAUUGAGCUGAUCUACAUCCUUAUCGUGGAGAUUCCGCAGGUUACGCUCUUUGAUAACGCGGAUCUGCUUGUGGCUGCCAAUGAUAUCCAGUGGGCCAGUCCUGUACUUAACUGGCUGCUAGCCAAUCAGAACAGGAAAAGCACGGGGGGGAUGCCCAGGGUGCCCCUGAAGAUUGUCACCCCCAUAAUCCUAACAGUGUUUGUGCUGGCGCUGUAUCUCCAUGCUCAGCAAGUGGAAUCCACUGCACGACUGGACUUCCUAUGGAAGCUGCAGGCCACAGAGGAGAAGGAAGAGAUGGAGGAACUCCAGGCCUACAACAGGCGGCUGCUUCACAAUAUCCUUCCAAAGGAUGUGGCGGCUCACUUCCUGGCACGGGAACGGCGCAAUGAUGAGCUCUAUUACCAGUCCUGCGAGUGCGUGGCCGUCAUGUUUGCCUCCAUCAGCAACUUCUCCGAGUUCUACGUGGAACUUGAGGCCAACAAUGAGGGUGUGGAAUGUCUGCGACUCCUUAACGAGAUCAUUGCUGACUUCGAUGAGAUCAUCAGUGAGGAUGAUUUCCGGCAGUUAGAGAAGAUCAAGACUAUUGGGAGCACGUACAUGGCGGCUUCGGGGCUCAACGACUCGACGUAUGACAAAGUGGGAAAGUCGCAUAUUAAAGCUCUGGCAGAUUAUGCAAUGAGAAUGAUGGAUCAGAUGAAAUACAUUAAUGAGCAUUCCUUCAACAACUUCAAGAUGAAGAUCGGGCUGAACAUUGGACCAGUAGUAGCGGGUGUUAUCGGAGCAAGGAAGCCACAAUAUGACAUUUGGGGGAACACUGUUAACGUGGCCAGUAGGAUGGACAGUACUGGGGUGCCUGAACGAAUCCAAGUGACGGCAGAUCUCCAGCAGGUUCUAGCGGCGAAUAAUUACAAGCUGGAGUGCAGGGGCGUGGUUAAAGUGAAGGGCAAGGGGGAAAUGAUGACUUAUUUCCUAAACAACGGGCCCACCAGCAGUUAGCCAAAAAGGAGAAACUCUGCCGAGCAAGAGGCAUCUGUUACCCAUGCCGAGCACUGCCCACGAGAAUUGCAACAGCCAAACCCCACCCCAAGAUGGGGCCAUUCCUUAAAUGACCAAAGAUAUAAAAAGGGGACCCACCUUGCGUGGAUAAGGGAGUGGACUGAGGACUUUAUUUAUUUAUUGAUAUUUUCCUCCAUGAAGGAACCCAAGGAAUGUAUCAUGACUGCACUUUGCACGCAGUAUCAAGGAUAUUUAUAUAUUUACUGAUGGUAAAGUGGCCUUGUGGAUAAAGUGUCUGUUAACGAUCUGGACUCGUUACCCCAAUGGUGGGACGUCAGUAUUUAUUAUACUGCUUUCUUGCGCUCACUGUCCACAUGGCGACACAAGACUGCGAGAGACCGGACGCGUGUCUUUAUUUUGUACAUUUUAUCUUUUUUGUAAUAUCUUGAGUGUGAAAAUCCAACUAAUUUACAGAUUCUAUAUUUUGUACAUUGUAUACAGGUGGGAGUGGAGCGUUGCACACUAGAGUGACCCACCUACCUGAGAUUUAGACUUGGCGGUUUUCAACAACGCAAUAUACAGCACAGCAGAACGGUCAGUUAAAUUCAUCCAUAUUCAACUAGCUCUCACUGAAAGGGGAUACAUCUAUUUCUGGGGGGAAAAGAAAAUUUAACCUUUUAAAAAAAAGACCAGAGUAAAAUAAAAGUGAUCACAGAAGCCUAACUGGUUACAGGAUCAUAUUCUCUCCAUCCAUUGUUGGACUUCAACUCCCAGUAUACACAGCCAGCCUUUGGGGUUGUCACUGAGAUCUCUGCGUGAAUAAGGGUCUGUGGCACAGCUGCUGUAUGUCGCUGUGAUGCAAACCAGCCAAGCCACGGUAACAUAGGGAUAUAUAUAUAUAUAUAUAUAUAUAUUGGCCCACAUUGGUUUCUUUAUUGUAAUAUUCAUGUUAUUUCAUUUCCCACCACUUGGCCUUCAUUUCAUUCUGCUCCUCGCAAACCUACUUACCCACCCACCUGCCUGCGCAUCUUGCUUGCUGCGGACUCCUCCAAAAUAAACUGCAUUGGUUCUGUUAUUUUAUUGGGUGGUUGGUGCAAUAAAGAUUUUUAAAUGGA